AUGUCAACCGUUGCUGACUCACAGGAAGUCUCUUCCGAGGCAAAAGCAGCCUCAUCCAUCAUCGCGGCGGACUCACAGGAAGUCUCUUCCGAGGCAAAGGCAGCCUCAUCCAUCAUGCCGGCGGCUCGAAAUACCCUUCCUGUCUUGCAACAUCGGCAAGUGCAAGCGGCCUACAAAUUUGUCAGUGAACUUUACAAAGAGGUCGAUCCUUCCAAGAGCGAGCUGGCCGAUAACCUGACCAAGACCGCACAGAGAGUUCUGGGAAAAGUGUUGCAUCUGCAACAGCACCUUCCAGCUAAGCUAAAACUUGUCCAGAAAACAGCUGAGGAAGUCCGGGAUGUGCUUGGCAUGCGAAUUGUUGACAUCCUCGGACAUUCAACAUACUCUGAGGAGGACAUCAAGUUUGGGCAGGAGGCGCUGACAAAGGUGCAAGAGCAGCUUUUCGACGGCGGCCUGAGGAAGUUGCUCCGCGAAGUGCAGGAUUGUGAGAAAGACUUUGCGGGGCAGGAGGAUGGGUACGAGCAGAGCAUCAGUAAGGAGGAGUUGCAGUGGCGUAAGCGUCACUUCUUGGGCAAGAGCUUCUGCUGGCUUUACACAGCCGUGGCAUUCGUUAAUCCUGACGUAGUCUCCAAGGAUGUCAGCUUUGGCAUCGGUGCUCUCGUCACCAUGUUCGGAGCUCUGCUCUCGCCCAAUGUCUGGUGGUAUGCAAUGGCCGGAACAGUGGCAUGCUCUUUGAUUCCGGCAAUCAAAUGGUGGCACUUUGGUGGCCGCACAGACUUUGACAAACUCCAGGCAGAGACUAAAGAUAUUCUGGAAAACGUCAGGGACAUCAAGCACAUGGGCUGCAACAUCUCCUCCUUCUACCGGAAACUGGCAGAGGACAUUCAAGCCAUCAUGUCGCAUGCGACCGUGUUGAAGCAAGUGGAGGAGCAGCUUCCGUUUUUGAAGGCGCGCACUUUGGGUGUGGACACUUGGGAUGCAAACAAGCUCAGUGCCGCGCUGCAUGGCUGGAAUCUUGAUUCCUGCGCUCUCAAGUUGUUGGAAAACAACAUCUCUGGCCACGCCUUCCUCCAUGUCCUGACAGAGCAAGACUUUCAAGAGAUGGGCAUCACGGACGGCUUGACAUUGCGCAGACUGCAGGACAUAAAGGAAUGCAUGCAGGGGGACAAGCAGGAGAUCCUGCGCAAUUGUUCGGUUGGUCCAAAGUUGAAGCAGGCGUUGGAUGACGUCAUCAACGGCAUCAUCGACCUUCAGCAGAAGUACCAACAUGCGUGA